UUAGAAGAAACGCUGGAAAAAUCUGUGGCCUUUCAAGUGUUCAUCACCAUCCCACGGGACCUGGAUAGCCUAGAGUCGUUUACAAUUGAAGGAACAAAUUUGGAAAUAUCAAUUGGAAAUAUUAGCCAUACAUUCAUCAGGCAUUUAACCAUCACAAAUGCAAGAGGAGAUAUCUCAAUUGAUAGUUUCUAUGGCGAGAUUGCCACCAUUACAAGUACAAUCACAGGCGGCAUCAAGGGUUCCUUCACCCAAGGUCAUCUGUUCUGCCCUUAAUUAUCGGAUUGAUCUAAACGUGGACGGUAGUGACCUCUUUGGACCAUUUACAGUCGAAGCCAAGACGCAAUGCUCGCCUCUGGAGGCCAAGGUCCUCUUAGCAAGUAGGACGCAGAGGCUUCUAGGUAACUUUAUUAACUUUGGUGGGCCAUUACGAGUCCAACUAUCCAAUAACUUCCAAGGAAGAGUUGAGACAAGGACGCACUAUGGAAAGAUUCAUCUUGAAGAGCCAGAGUUUGUCAGGUUAGAGGGCGCAACGUUGACAAUACCAUCCGCGAGUGAUCGCAUUGCACCUACGCUAACGGCAUGUCCGCAGGUCCAUGUCGCUCAACUUCCUCAUCACUCCUCCAAUCCAUUUUCUUCCAGGACAUCAUCCCAAGGUACAGCCAUGUCCUGGGGUGAUGAUCACCAUCCUCACCAUUAUUAUGAUCGUGAUACCCAACCAAAACAACUAUCACAACAAAUCCAAUAUAUCGAGUUUCAUCAUCACCAACCUCUUUCUCCCGAGUCUCUCAACGGGUCUGACUCCAACUCCAAGGCCGAGUCGACAACGGGGUCUAUUGGUGAAGGUCGGUCAGUGGCAAGCAACUCUCGGUCUGAAAGACAAAGGAGAAAGGAUGAGGAGAAGGACUGGAUCAUCACUCGAGAAUUGAUAGGCAUGAUUGGUGAAGGACCGGGGCUAGUCAUGGCCAAGAACAGCAGUGGCGACAUUUCGGUGGAGCUUUUCAGGCAAUAAAAAAUAAAACCAUCCAUUAUUAUCAUUGUUCUUUUUACGCGUACUUGUGCGUGUAUCGGGUAAAAACAUAAGAGA